GGGUCGGAGGCGGGGGCCCAGAGGGGGACCGACGCGCUGGGACCCAGGCAGCUACUCGGCCGAGCGCAGCGGGUGGCGGGCUGGCCAUGAACUCGGGACCCGGGCCUCGGACACCCCGCACGCCCUUCAGCAUCGCAGACAUCCUGGGUCCGCGCGCUGCCCCGACAGGGCAGCCCCCGGAGCGGGGCCCCGCGUCGCCGCUGUGCGCGCUGGAGGAGCUGACCAGCGUGACUCUGGGCAGACUGGACGGGCGCCGGCCGCGGCCCUCCGAAGGCACAGCGCUGGGAGGUGCCGCGGGCUCGGGACCCAGGCCCGCGGGUCGCAGACCGCGCAAGUCCCGCACUGCGUUCACGGCGCAGCAGGUGCGGGAGCUGGAGCGGCGCUUUGGCUCGCAGAAGUACCUGGCCCCGGCGGAGCGUGACCGGCUGGCUGCGCGGCUGGGCCUGGGCAGCGAGCAGGUCGUCACGUGGUUCCAGAACCGCCGAGCUAAGCUCCGACGGGACCUGCAGGAGCUGCGCGCAGACCUGGCCUCGCUUUGCGUGCUCGGCCCCCAGGCUUCCGCUGGCCCCGCGCCGCCCACCCCCAGGCCCGCAGCCCACGCCGAAGAGGAGGAGGUGCAGGUGGACGGCUGACCCCGGGGUGGCGGCCUCUCGCCUCCACUCUCCUCCAAGCUCGGGGUGGAGGGAAAGGUCCCACUUGGAUAUCCUCCCAGCCCGCAAUGCAAAUGCCCCCCGCCCUUGCAAUUGUUGAGAAUAAAAUCCUAGACUCCACCGCGGACGCCUCAGUUCCCAGAUAGAAACCUGUUCGUUAUUGCGAAGAUGCCACACUGGGCAUGCACCAAGCGCUUUAAACGGGUGGGUUUUCAACGUUGUUUUUUUCCCUUUUCAAACUCAGCAACUUUGCAAUGUGAACAGUGUAAUUAUGCCCGUCGUAGGUCAGGAUUUGGUGGGAGUAGGAGACAACUUAAUGGUUAUGUGAAAAGACUUUCAUGCCUGGAGCUCUGAGGUUCCAAAUCCAGUCCCCUGCACCACCAUAAACCAGAGCUGAGCGGUGCUCUGGAAAAUAAAUAAAAAUAAAAUUUGGACACGAGUCCAGGGAUCCAGUGGGAUCUGUAGCACUGGUGUUUGUCAGCUUUUUGCUCAGGGACUAGGAGAUGAGGGACUGGGACUCUGUUGUUAGCUUCAGUUGACCCCUUCCCACUGGUGGCCUUUUUUUUUUUUUUUUGGUAUUUUUUUCUUUUUAUUUAUAAAAAGGAAACACUGACAAAAACCAUAGGAUAAGAGGGG